AUCAUCUUGACUCAAGUCAGAGGUGGAAUAUCAUGGCAUCCAUCUGGGUUGGACAUCGAGGAACAAUUAGAGAUUAUCCAGGAUUCAGCCCAUCAGUGGAUGCUGAAGCUAUUCGCAAGGCAAUCAGAGGAAUUGGAACCGAUGAGAAAGUGCUCAUCAGCAUUCUGACGGAGAGGUCGAACGCUCAGAGGCAGCUGAUUGUUAAGGAAUACCAAGCAGCAUAUGGAAAGGAAUUGAAAGAUGACUUGAAAGGUGAUCUCUCUGGGAAUUUUGAGCAUAUCAUGGUGGCCCUCGUGACUCCACCAGCAGUGUUUGAUGCCAAGCAGCUGAAGAAAUCCAUGAAGGGAACUGGAACAAGUGAAGACGCAUUGAUUGAAAUUCUAACCACAAGAACAAGCAGGCAGAUAAAGGAGAUCUCCCAAGCCUACUAUACAGUGUAUAAGAAGAGCCUCGGAGACGACAUUAGUUCUGAAACAUCUGGUGACUUCAGGAAAGCUUUGUUGACUUUAGCCGAUGGCAGAAGAGAUGAGAGUCUGAAAGUGGAUGAACAUCUGGCUAUAAAGGAUGCUCAGAUUCUCUAUGAUGCUGGUGAAAAGAGAUGGGGUACAGAUGAAGACAAAUUCACUGAAAUCCUCUGUUUAAGGAGCUUUCCUCAACUGAAACGAACAUUUGAUGAAUAUAAAAAUAUCAGCCAGAAGGACAUUGAGGACAGCAUAAAAGGAGAAUUAUCUGGGAAUUUUGAAGACUUACUGCUGGCCAUUGUCCAUUGUGCGAGGAACACGCCUGCCUUUUUGGCUGGAAGACUGCAUCAAGCUUUGAAGGGUGCUGGAACUGAUGAAUUUACUCUGAACAGAAUAAUGGUUUCCAGAUCAGAAAGUGACCUUCUGGACAUUAGAGCAGAGUUCAAAAAGCUUUAUGGCUAUUCCCUAUAUUCAGCAAUAAAGUCUGAUACUUCUGGAUAUUAUGAAACCACACUGGUAAAGAUCUGUGGAGGAGACGACUGA